ACGGAUUUCGUUUCAACUGGCAUCUUAGAAGAAGUUACCGCAAAUAAGGACUGACGGUCUUCUCAGAUGAGUUCUUUACACGAACUGAAUUAAUACACCAAGGUCUGCUUGGGAUUGUUUUGGGGCUAAAAUUGUUGGAUUUUGUAAUCGAUCCAGCAAGUAUUUCUGGUCCAUUGUGUCCUAACAAAGAACAAGCCAGGACGUUGAAAGACUACAGAAUCAAUCGUAACCUCAUUUCAUGUAAAAUUGGAGUUCCCCUCAUGAGAGGCUUGCCUUGUCAAUACAGCGGACAGGGAACAUUAAAUUAAAAAAUAUAAAGUGGAAAACCUGUCAAGGUUAAGCGGACGUCGUACGUACACUUUUGGACGACGAAUUGAAACGAGGCUAUAUGAAAACUUAAUCAUCAAUUGCUCUGUUCUGCAACAGUGUUAGUGAAAUAUCAAAUGUAUUUUGUCUGAUCUAAUUGUGUUAUACUGCCAUCAACAUUUCGCAUGCCUUGACGACAUUACCGUAAAUUAUAAGUCAUUGCAAGAAAAAGUAUGGCAAUGGAUCUUACAUACUCGACAAAUAUAACAGUUAACACGAGUGCAAUGGUACCCGACGUCAACGUUACUUCUGCCGACGGCAUACUGAACGUUCAGCCGUCGGGACUGAUGGAGUUUUCUACAGGUUAUGCUCUGCUACAUGGCUACAUAAGUGCUUGUGUAUGUACGUUUGGAUUUUUAGCAAAUAUAGCGAAUAUUGUGGUUCUAACCAGACCAAAUAUGAUAUCUUCUACAAACAUUAUUUUGACUUGGCUUGCUGUAGCUGAUCUGUUUACCAUGUUGGACUAUUUUCCUUUCGCCAUGCAUUUCUACAUAUUCAAAGACAGUGAUUUAGAUUUCCCUAAAACAAGAGGCUAUGGAUGGAUUAUAUAUCUUUUAUUUCAUGCCAGUUUCAGCGUUGUGUGCCACUCAGCGGCAAUUUGGUUGACGAUAGCAUUAGCAACAUUUAGAUUUAUUUGCAUCUGGUUUCCAACGACUGGCAGGCAACAUUGCUCGGUGCCAAGGGCAAAAAUGUGCGUCGCUGUAAUUAUUUGCGUUGUUAUUGUACUGUGUGUACCAAAUAUCAUCAUUAAUAACUUCGCACCAUACAAUAACAAUGCAAAUACUAAUAAAUCACAAUUUGAUAUGUGUUACAACAUUUCUUACCGAAGCGGAGGUGCCUUUGACCAUGUUGACAAGAUGAACAAAAUGAUACAAGCAAUUCUCUUUAAAAUAGUCCCCUGUGUUUUGCUGACAAUAUUGACAAUUUUGCUUGUGACGGCCAUGCACAAGGCCUACAAGAAGCGGAUGCGUCUCCGGAACCAGGGUCGGCGCGAGGAGUCAGACCGGCACGGAGAACACAACAGAACAACCGGUAUGCUACUCGCCGUCGUCGUUCUGUUCUUCAUCACAGAACUACCACAAGGAAUACUGACGAUUAUAACUUUAAUCAGUGAUACAUUCUUCUACCAAGUGUAUUUGCCUUUGGGAGAUAUCUUAGACAUUAUGGCUCUUUGUAACAAUGCUAUUAACUUUGUUCUGUACUGCACUAUGUCACGGCAGUUUAGAGAAACCUUUGUUGCAACAUUCUGUUGGUUCUGUCCAAAGAAGCGACCCGGCUGGAUGCAAAUGAAACUGAUCAAAUCUAAAACAGAACAGAACGGUAACACCAUGGUAACGGAACAUACCCACGUGUAACGGUAGAUAAUCCGUCUGUAUUAUUAAAAAGUCAUUUCUAUUACAGUUCAACGCCUUUGUAUAAGUUAUCUUGUAAAUGUUGUUAAUUACUCAUUUGUGAUAUUGGUACUUGUAAAAAUGUUUGAUUUAUCGUUUUGUCACGAUUUUUGUCUGCAAAAAUGUAUUUCAAAAUAACUGAUCAUACAUUUGUACAAACUCAUAGAGGGAAGAAAUAGACACGGACCUUACAGUAUUGUAUAAAUUAAUUUGUUUGUAUUAAAGCCAUCAGCGACACUCUUUUUACAAUUAUUAUACGCUUUAUUUAAUUUCAAUUGAAUGCUUGUGUAAACGUACACUUUUAGAUCGAAAGAAAAAUAAAUGUAUUUUAAGUCAUGAACAUUAAAAAUAUUGAAUAACAAUAUUGUGUUAUAUGACAAAACUUUUGGUCUCCUAUUUGUGUAUCAAAUCUAAGUAUUUUGUCAUACUUAUGUGAUAUAUAUAUAUAUAUACGACGUAAACGAUAUUCAUACGCCGUUACUUGUUUUUAUCAAUGCCAAAAUGCUUUUAAAGAUCAUUAUCAAAAUACUAGAAUUGUGAAAUGCAUAAAUGUAACACGACACGAGUUUUUGAAAUGCCCAGCGUAGUUUUCAGUGUAGUGUUUAUAUACUGGAAACAACCUGCAUUCGUAGAGCACUAGAGAUGACUGUUGCUUGUUUGUUUGGAAAACCGAGUGCCCGAAAAAAAGGAUUCUGACGAAUUGAAAAAUAGUGCCUUGUAAAUAGAUCUAAUCCCGUGUAUUGUAUUGCAAUGAAAUGUGAUGAUUAUUACAUUUCAUUUCAAUUGCUGAAUAAACGCGUAUCACAACUAUUGUUUAACAUAUAUGUGUUAAGAUAAUUUGCCAUGUUGUAUAAAGAUAUGUUUUUAUGGAAGGAAACCUUCUAACUUUCUUAUGUUUCGGAUUUGUUCAAACCUCAUAUAUCAUUCAACACUUUUAAUCAAUAUAUGAUUUGAAAAUCAGUAGCAACAAUCAACAUGUAUGCAAAAUAAUAUUCAGCGUCAAUAUAGUAUGGUGAGUAAAAACAUAUUGAAUAAAAUACUGUUUUAUGAUGAAAAAUGAAAAGGUAGUUUUUAUAAUAUUAACCUAGCGAUUCCCCGAUAUGGUUAGUCGCUAUUCGUUUUCAAACAUUUCAUAUUUGAAAAUGUAUUUUGAUAUACUUAUCUGAAAGCAAUAACGCGUAAAUCUUUGUUACUUAUAGGUAUCAUUUAAUAACAUGGUAGCGUGCAUCAAUGAAUAAUAACAAGAACGUUUAAAAAUCAUUUGCUUCAAUGAAUGAGAAAAUUGUAGUGAACCAUACUGCCGUAAGGAGUACUACAACAUAUAACAUCUCGUUCUCGUUUUAAGAUUUCCGACGGACAAAUAAAAUGUCUAUUAUUAUAACAAAAACCUCAUAUGCUUUAAUGAAAGAAAAAAAUACCGUCAUCAACACGGCCUUAAGUAGUACUACUUCUUAUAACAUCUCGGUCUCGUUUUAAAAUUUUCGAUGGACAAAUAAUCAUUUCAUUUGACGAGAAUGUUAAGUAUUGAAGCCUGGUUACCCCAUACAUCCUUAAAAUGGAUUAAAUGGAGACUGCUAUGCAAAAUAAAUGACUGAAAAUAUGUAACAGAUAAAUGUCAUUGUCCAUUAUUUAUACUGAAAUUGGAGAUAAAUUGACCUUUUUAACACUAUUUAUUUAGGCCUCAAAAGCUCCAAUAUAAUAUUAUUUUCGGAAUACGUUUUGGAUAUUACUUAUAAAACGACCAAAAUAAGAAGGUUAACAUUGAUACAACACUUAUAUUAUUGUAAAUCGGAAACCUUAAAACGUUAAUACGAAUUACUCAAUUCAACGUCCUAAUGGAUGAAAACCAGAUUUAUAAAAUAUUAUGAAAGCUUUUCUUGCUUUUAUUAUGGUUUUAAUGGAAUGUUGAUUUUCAGUUUAAUAUAAAAAAUGUUUUUUUAAAAAAAUAGAAGAAAGUGAUUUUUGAAAGUAUUCAAAAUGCAUACAUCAUAAGUUUGUGUAUUAGGAAUUUUUGUGUAUCCCAUUUUUAAUAGGCUUUUUCGAGUUGGUUAAGCCUCUUUUAGAUAUGUUUAAGGGAAUACCAAUUAAAUCCUCUGAGGGAUUUUGAGUUUGUUGAUUUCAUUGAUUCAUUGUCAAAUAUAAUGAUAACAUAAUUUUAACAUCCGAAAAUGUAUAUACAUAUAUAUAUGCAUAUAGAAUACUUGCACGUUUUACUUUGUAAUUUCCAGUGAUAGAGUGUGAUCAUAGGAUAUUUGAAUAAAUGAAGAACAUUAUAUAA